GGGUUUCUGACCAUCAAGCGCCGCGACCCUCUUCCUGCACUCCAGGCGCAAAAUAUCUUUCAAAGCUAUCAUAUGCAUCGUGAUCGCUUCCGUCGUCCUGUGGAUAUUUUUGAUCAAGGCGCCUUCAGCUCACCCCAUAUUCUUAAAGCCCUCCAAAGGUGAUAUUGCAGUACCCAAAGUACUCGAUAUCUCGAGAGCAGGCAAUCCUACAAUUUUACGAGAUACAUUGUUCCCAAUCAGGGACAAGCAUGAGCAUAUCCAUCCUACUUACAUGUACAUCGAGGAUAAUCAUGCCUCAUUGGCUUCGCUCAUGACAUGCUUGGAACUGUCGAACUGCAAACCCAAUCAGGACAAAGUCGUGAUCUUGCAGUGGUUUCAUUUCCGAGGAGCAUUGGUAGGUUGGGUUAUGGGUGAGAAUAUUUGGACGAGGUCUACUAUCUUAGCUCUGGACGAUUUAGGCUACACAUAUCUGUACACGCGGGAUUGGUCAGAGACGGCAGCGACGUAUCGAAUGCUCCCUACCCUCGUCGCCGCCAUCUUCAUGGACUCAGAAGAGAUACACAAAUGCCUGGAUGAACCGUAUUGUGUCAAAACUUCGGACAAUCCGUACGGCAUUCCCGUUUGGAAGAUGUUCGAUUUUAUGUUUUGGGCCAUACACAAUCACCCCUUAGGCAAACAAUGGACGAUCAACCCAGAACCAUACGGCCUUUCGGCUGCUUGGCAAGGGGGUGCUACUUAUUUUGGCUUCUCCAUUGAACCAUCGUGCAAUACUGUCCCCUUUGUGCCUCAUUCCGAGCGUGCAAAAAGGCGAACGGCCUUCAUCAUGAGCAAGUAUAUGCGAUUUUUUUCUCCGGGGAAGGAUACCGCCUGGGAAGUCGAUGAUUUUGACUAUGCUGCAGAGGAGACUGGGAUUCGGUAUAUCUCUGGUGCCAAAGCCGAUCCAGCUAAUGACCCGCCUGGGCCGAUGGCCAUCCCGAAGAAUCUAGAAAACCUGGGAUAUCUGAACCAGCAAGAGUUUUUGCAAACACUUGCCCAAUCCACCAUUCUGAUAGGUGUCGGGAUGCCCAAGACCUCACCAACACCUUAUGAAGCUCUUUGUCUCGGCGUUCCAUUCAUCAACCCUAUCCUUCAUUGGGAUCAUAACAAUCCCGAAGACCGUGAAGGAUGGGAUUCGAUGCAUGGGACUCUGAAACUUCUUGACCCACCGUACGUGUACAAUGUCAAGCGUGGAGACAGAAAAGGAUUUGCGAAAGCCAUCAAAUCUGCCAUUGAGAAUCCAAUCGACCGGUUCGUGCUAGAUCGAAUGACGCUGUUUAAUGUAGAGGAGAGAAUGAAGGAAUUCUUUGCAAAAGAUUGGAAAGCGGAAGCCAAGAACGUUAUUGCGGAGAGCAAGCUCUUAAGACCACUUCCUCAAAGCAACAUCGUGUUAUAAUCAACCUUCAUGAUGGACUUUGUGUGCGCCCGAAUCUGACUUUAGAUGUGUGGGGUGGAGACGUUCCCCCCCUUUCUUUUGGGCCUUGUGAUGUAUUACCUCCUGUCCAUUUGUUCUGCCACCGAUACCCCAAGCAGAGUAUUCGUUAAACAAUUUCGUUCCAGGUUCUCACCUACACUCAGGCUAUUCACCUACUCCUCUGAUUGACUUGGACACACGUAUACGUCGCCUUCGCAUUAUUUGUAGAUGUCAUUUCCUACUUAUACAGUAACGCAGUGAUUGAAGCUAUAUCGUGUGCA